GUCAUUGAUUCGGGGGAUUUGGCAGAGGGGUUCAUCUUUUCCCGAGGCGUGACUUCUGACGCCAGCGGCAGUGGCCGGAUGGGUUUGGUGGGUUUGGACAUGUCACAGUGCAGAUAGCUGACGCCGCGGGACCCGCAUGCGAGAGUGUAGAACGUAUGGCCGCGUCCAUCCUGUCUGCUCAAGGAAAGGCACAGCCCAAUGCGCCGAGCCGGGAGAGGUGCUGCGGCAACCAUACGCAGAAGACUUUAUCGAACGCCCAAUUUCCGGCUUGGCGGUGGUAUGUGUCGAGGAUGGAGCACAGCCCUUUCCAAAGGGCCCUGCGCGCAUUCUAUGUGCGGCGCUGGCACUUGGCAGCCCUGAUUCAACUGAUGCAAACCCUGCACCGAGACAUGGAUGUUACACUGCGUGCUUGAGACGCUCGCGAGGCCAGGCUCCGAGCUUGCCACAACUUACGAACUUGACGCGUUUCUUUUUAGAGGCGCUGUACAAGUACACACACAAUGUAGACCGUGCUUCAUCUGUCGGGUCCCCUCGCACCACUCCCUCGUCACCUGAUGUGCGGAUGCGACUUGCCGGUCCAUCAUUUCCUUACGCCCGCUCGCGAGCGCGCCGCAUAUGAACAUGGUAUCCGCGCUUGUAGUGCGCAGGCGGGGAGCUGGGAAACGAGAAGGAUGUGAUCCUGACUGUCGCUGGUGGACGAGG